CAAGGCGGGGAAAAGCCUCGGGCGAAAAUAAACGAAUAAACGUUUUGCGCGCGGGCGACAGCGACGGGGGAGAGGCGCCGCGCGAGCAGAGGUCGAUAACGCAGUUACAAGAGCUGCGGAGAGGAGAGGCGAGGCAGCCUGCGAGGGCUUUUCCGUUUGGCGCGCGCGCGCGCGCGCGCGAGGAUAUGCGAUGUACAUAACGUAUAUAACGCAUAGGCGUCCGAUGUUCCACGCCGACGACCCACAUUCUCGCAUUAUAGACUUGUCUUUCUCUUUCUCUUUCUCUUUCUCUUUCUCCCGCCAGCUCGGCCGCUCGCUCUCCCUCCCGCGAGUCGGAGCCGCAUCAUCGGCAGCUACUCUCCGCGCCGAUUCCCGCUGAAUACGUCUACUUAUAGGCGCGCGCGCGCACACGUUGUCGUUGUCGAUGCGUUUCCUUUCGCGCUGCGUAUCUAUAGGUCCGUUCUCGCGCUCGCGCGACUAACUCGAUUACCUUGCGCAUUUCGCCGCCGCUCUCAAUUAUGUAUCGGUGAAAUUUCAAGUCUCUCUUUAAAUGGCUCGCUUGCUCGAAUGCAAAUUGAAUUUCCGCGAAUAUCAACAGGACUUUCCGUAUAACGAGUCGGGAAGAAGGAAGCUUUGUAUCAGUAAUGUCUUGUCAAUAAUGCAGGAGCUUUUUGUUCCAUCGGGGCAAAAAGCGCGAGCGCGUAAUAAUCCGCUUGGAACGUAUCGUCGCCGGUAAAAAAUUGAAAAGUGCCGAGCUGGCGGCAGGCGCGCUCGGUGAGAAUCGCAAAAAGCGCAAUCUAGAGCGGCGAUUAAUUGCAGAGAGAGAGAGAGAGAGAUCGCUCGGCGAUAAGCGCGCUCGGAACAAGCUAUAGCCUACCGCGAGGCCGAAAACCUACAAAUCGCGUCCGAGCGAGGUGGAAACCGAUUCCGUGUGGCUUCCGCGCAGGGAGCCUCCUUGUCAGGGGGAAUGUAUAUAUAUGUACGAGCUCUCCGAUGGCUCGGGGCUUAUCUCGUCGGCAGAACGGGAGCGCGAGCGAGCACGGAGCAGCCAGCUCGGGAGAUUAGAGCGUACGCGUGCUCAGCGAGUGAAAAUGCCGAGCAUAUACGUUUUGUGAGAAGUUGGAAAGUGCGCGGCGAGGACCGCGCAGGUUUUAUCGGGCAUCUGCCGCUGCUGCAAUUUUCAACGCCCGAUUAAAAUUUCGAGAUAGGAAAGUUUCGAGCCCCCGAGCCGGAUCGCCUGCGGUAUGCAAUUGUCGCGGGGCCGCUACUUGGAGGGGAAAAGUAAAAUGCGCGAGAUCGCGCGGGAAUAACGAGAGCUGAAAUCGAAGGAGAGCGCAGUUUAGAAAUCCUCUGCGGCGGGAGAAAGCCUUUCUCCUUUUCACCGUCGCCCGAUCGCGCCAAACCUAUAUACUCAUAUAAGGCGCGCGCACUUGCUGAAUCGACAUGUCCGACAUCGAGGGAGAAGAUGAGUUCCAGGACGCGCAGGAAGAGAUUCCGCCACCAACCACGAUGGACUUGGACAGCUCGAUCCUAGAAUCGAAGCAAGCCAUCCACUACUUCUUCAAUAAUGACUUUGAGAAAGCGAGGAAGAUACUGGAGCCGUGGGCCGACAGUAGCAUGUAUCAUUCCUUGGGGAACAGCGUCUUUGCAUUUCUCGAGGCCACGCUCACGUUCGAGCGGAAGCACACCGAGAAGGCCUCGGAAGCCCUGAAACAGUGCAUGGCCGUCUGCUCGAAACAUCGUCGCCAUACCACCACCAUGCAGAACAUCGGCAAAAUGGUCAAGAAGACCAACUACGACUCUUACACCAUUGUGGAAAUACACGCAGAACUUUGCUACGCCGAGUCUUUGCUCCUGAAGGCGAUGCUGACGUUCGUCGAGGACGAGACACUGGUCAGCUUCGUCAAGGCUGGACUGAAAAUACGUACCUGUUUCCUAUUAUACAAAGAAUGUCUGGCAAUUUUGAAUACGAGGAAGUGGGAAAGCGAAACUCACAGGAUACACUUUGAAAGCGGCGUUCGAAUGGGUCUCGGUACUUUCAACUUGAUGGUCUCGCUGCUACCCGGACGCGUUAUCAAGCUGUUGGAGUUCAUUGGAUUCUCUGGCGACAUGAAAUACGGACUCGGGCAGCUGCAAGCGGGCUACGAGGAGCGCAGAGGCCUCCGACAAGUUCUCUGCGCCAUGACCUUGCUCUCCUACAACUUGAUAAUAACAUUCUUUUUGAGCCACUCCGACGGCGAUUUGGAGUGGUGCGAGAAGGCCCUGGACGAGGAAUUGAGCUUGUACCCAGAAGGAGUCUGGUUCCUCUUCUUGAAGGCCAAGCUGGAAUUCACCCGCGGCAAUAUCGAUGAGAGCAUCGAGUGGUACACCAAGUCGUGGAAGAGCCAGCAGGUCUGGCCGCAGUUCCACCACCUCUGCUUCUGGGAGCUCAUGUGGGCUCAUUGCGUCAAAGAAGAGUGGCAGCCGGCGCUAGGCUAUGCCGAGACCUUGUCCAGCGAGUCCAACUGGUCGCGCACGAUAUACCUAUACCAGCAGGCUGCUAUUAUGAUCAUGACGAAGCCGUCGUCGAGAAGCGAGGAGAGACUGAAGGUCGAUCAGCUGAUGACUCAAGCCCCUACUUACAAGCAGCGCAUCGCUGGAAAGUCCCUGCCGAUGGAAAAAUUUGUGAUAAAAAAGGCCGAGCGCUACUUCGCGCAAAAGAAGAAUCUAGUCCUUCCUGUGUUCGAGCUCAUGUACAUCUGGAACUUGUUUAAGAUUGUUGGCAAACACCAAGACAAAUUCAUGGCUGUCUUUAAGACUAUCGAAGAGGAGGAAGCUGCACUGAGGACAAGUCCGAAAACUCAGUUCCACGCCGACAACGAAGCCUUGAUAUUGCUUCUCAAGGGAGCUUGCCUUCGGCAAAUGAAACUGUAUCUUCAGGCGCAGGACUGCCUGACAAGAGUACUGAAAUUGGACAAGGAAAUUCAGGAAGAUACCUACCUCCUACCGUUUGCUGCCGUCGAACUGGCGAUGCUGGCUCGGGAUCAAGGAAAUACUCAAGUUGCGAUAUCGCUUUUGGAGGACGCCAAGAAAAACUUUACUGGCUAUUCACUUGAAUCGAGAUUACACUUCAGAAUACAUUCGGGCUUGAUGGAGCUGAACGGUAAAAAAUCCGAGGAAAUACUGGAGAAACGAAUGCAGCGGACAGCCCUGAACGAUUCGCCAAUUAUAAAGAGCAGCAUGGAUCUUCCGGGGCCGAGUUCCAUUAGAUCAGCUGCGUAUAAGGUCCCUAACAAUUGUCCUGUGAAAACAUAAAAUUUCAUUGCAUUGAUUUAGAACGCCUCGCUUAUUACAUCUUGUUUUGAAGUAAUGUACAGUGUUUGAUUUGUAUCCAUCAGCUGUGAUUGCAGUCAUUUCAAGAACAUUUCAACGCUUUCCGUACCAUGUUAUUUUUACGAUAUUUUUUCUACACGCAGGAUACGGAUAACCACAAACAAUCUUGAAAGAGAGAGAGAGAGAGAGAGAGAGAGAGAGAGAGGGAGAACAAAUGUUGAACGAGAACACUGUACAAUGAAUAACGGAGGUACACCGAGGUUCUUACUUUCAUACGUACGACGUAUAAAUAAAACAAACUUGAGUGCAUUUAACUUUUAGUUGACCAAGGUAUGGAAGCUAUCUUUUUCAGCUGAUAAGGUGUACAUCAUGUCGGCUUUUGUAAAAGUAACUUGUAAAUAUACUUUGUUGUACUUUUGUAUAUUGCACUUUUCUCUCUGUGAGUAUUUAUUUCAAAGAGAUAUAUAACACUUUUGUAAAAUUGUUAAAGAGAAGUAAAUAUAUCACGACACUAUAAUUAUAAGAA